AUUUAUCCCGGUUUACGCGGCUGAUACCGUUCUCGUCCAGCGUGCUUCGUUUUCUUACUGGUGAAUUUCCACGAAUUUCCCGAGUUCACGUCCCGGAAGUUCCCGGCUCGGCCCAUCGGCUGAGGUCCGGCCGACGAACAGAGACGAAUUAGGGGGAAAUUUAUCGGUUUCCGAUCCCGAACGAUCGACUUCGCGAAAGUGGAACGGCUACGUGAGAUCCGGUUUCGGAAGGACGGAAAAAUAUGAGCAUCUCGUGAAGUCGGUUAAAGUGCAGCUCUCAGACAUCGAAGGGGUAUAUACCAUGGAAACCGAAGAACUCACUAGACUCGUAGAUGAGAUCUACAAGAAUAUCCUGGACAAGUUCAACCCAGGGGCGAGGCAGCUGAUCAAUGCCGGGAAGGCAUAUUUGAAAGCUCUUCAUGGAGCCGCAGCCGCAUCCCGCGUCUACGUCGACGCAUUGUCUCGAUUAGCACGCCAGGCGCAACUGGGCACAUGGGGUGGUUCCAAGGAUGUCGGAUUAGCGCUGAUGAAGAUCGUCGAGGUCUACAAGGAGAUCCAGGAACAGGAGAUGAAUAUC